GUCCGAGACCACCAUCAUCUUCCUAUAGAUCUAGAGGGCUUCUCCCCCACCAAUGAAGGACACAACGUCCUCCCACAUAGUUUCUCUUCGUUCCCUUACUGCGUCGAAUCACUGGGGAACUAGUACGACCUACCGUCCUGCUUUGAAUCUACGCAAGGUCGCCCACUUGAUCCGCCAAUAUCACGAUGACACCGACGACGCGUCCGUUCCCGAGCCAGAGACUACUGGAAAGGGCAAAAAACGUGCCAGGUCCCCGUCUUCAGACGAGACAUGUGAUAGAAAAAGAUUGAAGACUAUCUCUGGGGUAUCCGCGACUCACGAUGGUCCCAACCAAAAUAACCCCUAUCCAAUCCCGUUCAUGAAGUACCCACUGUUUUCCGGUUGGAAGCCUACAAGUCCAGUCCGCAGUUCUCCCGACGGGCCAAUUCACUCUGUCCCUGUAUUUCACCACGUCUUUGACAUCCAAUUAAUGAAACUCGAUCAUUCCGUUGAGUUCGUGACUGCGGCCGUGCUCGUUGCGUUCCUUGUCAUUCAGUUACCGCCUAGAGUCAAUACGACCCAGCGCUCGGCGACAAUAGAUAUCAACCAUUCCACUUCGGUAGAGGAAUAUGCCCCAACGUGCCACCUGGUCCACUAAUUCGACAUCUGAUUCUGAAUAGGGAUUCCGAGAGAUGAAUGCAAAGAGCUGCGCCUGGUGACGCCAAAUUAGUUCCAAGCAGUUCAUAAGUUGAAGAUGGGCGUUUGAAGAGAAGGGGUCGCUAAGGAGCCAUAUCUUAAGAACCGCCAUUUAAACGCUAGCUCUCGAAUGGCGAAGCCCCCCGAAGUUCUAAUGAUGUGAAUGCGGCUGUGAGUUGGACACAGAGCGGAGGAUUCGAACGAGGCGUCUAGACGUCAAAUCGUCACCAUUUUUAAUGGGAGGCCUCGAGUAAUGGGGUUGACAUUCGGGAUAAUAACGUAUAAAAUGGGCGUUUGAAUGCCAAUGAAAAGAUAUUUUCAGAUGAGGGUUCGAACACGACCGUGACUCGUCCGGUGGAGAUUUCGAAUCGGUACAAGGAUACUUGAACUGGACAGGGUAACGGUCGUAGUUUGUGGGUCUGAUUUUCGUUGUGUCAUCUAGACUUUUCAUUUUCAUUUCUAGAACAGUGUAAGUCAGACAACAAGUACGAAACAAACAGAAAAUGUAACCAUCCAUGAAUCAUGCAGAACCGGAACGGGAAUCUC